AAGGCACGCGUCGUCCUGUAAAUGUCUUUUAAGCGGUUUCCUCAUCAUAUCUCUCUCUUUGGAGGCCCUUUCACUUUCUGCGCAAACAAGGAAGACGAAGACGAGAACGAAGAAAGAGCUCUCUCUAUCUAUCUAUCUUCUCUCCAUUUAUUACAUUAUAUCUCUUCUCUCUCUCUCUCUCAAAAUGUCAAAUUAAUGGUUUUGAUCUUCCAACCAGAUCUUCUUCUUUAUCUCUUCGACAAACCCUUUCUUCUGGGUUCUUCCUUGAGCUGAUUCUUUCUCCCAAAAACCAUUUUUGUUGUUUCUUGAGGCAGAGAGACAUGCCUUUACCUUGGAAGAAAUCUAGAUCGAGUCGGAUCUCAAGAUUCGUAUCAGACUUUCAACAAUCUCCAAAACAUGGUGGAUCUCUCGUUGUUGAAACUGGCUUCCCUACUUCUUUAAUCGAUCUCUUCGUCAAGAACCGCGAUCGUCUCAAAAAACAAUCUUCUAAACGUGUUAAUAAUAAUAACAACAAGACUACGGCUCCUACACGACGGCGUGUUUCCUCUCCUCCUCAUCCUCAUCAUCCUCUGCCUCCUUCUCUGUCUUUACAGAGACGUAUGUCUCUUCCUCUCAAGCUUGAUCCUGCUUUGGUUACCGAGGAUCCUUCUCUUGUUGUGAGUAAGAUCGAUGAGGAGAGUUUUGUCCCGGAGAAUAAACGCGGCGGAGGAGGUGGUGGAUGUUGUGUUUUGAUGGUGGUUGUGUUUAAGGUUUUUAUGGUGGCUGUGCUCGCGUUGAGCACGAAAAAGCUCGCCGUUGGGAUUACUCUCUCUGCUUUUGCGCUCCUCUUCCUCGAGCUCGCGGUGGCGCGUGUCUUUACGCUUUUGAACAUCUGCCCCGACGCGCAGGUUCGGAUAGAUUCGUUGAUCGAGAAGCUCAUAGGGAAGCGACAUAAAGAGAAGCUAGAAGAAGAAGAAGAAGUAACGACAUGGACGCAUGACAGAAGAAACAAGGUCUCGUUUGAAAUAGUCGAAGAGCCUAGAGAGGAGAUUAGUGUUGUUGUGCCUCAAUCGGAGAAGAGCUCGUCGUCGGAAGAGAAGACGAGACCUGUGGCUGAGGAGGAGGAGGAGGAGGAGAAGAAGAAGGAAGUGCAGACGAUAAGAGACGUGGUGUUUAAGAAUGAGAAGAGUAAAAGCGCGAAGCUUAAAUCAAAGAUUGUGAAGAAGAUCGUGCCAAAGAAGUUGAGGAGUUAUAAGAAGAAGAGGAAGAUGAAGAACAAAGAAAAAGAAGAAGCAGCAGCAGAAGGACAAGAUGUUGAAGUUGAGAUUGAAGAAGAAGGGUCUUUGACAGAAGUGUCUAGCUUGUAUUCAGAUGAUAGAAUCGAGAGUGAAAGCUCUGAAAGAGAUGAUGUAAGUUCGAGUCCGCCAUUGUUAGAAGAAGAAGAAGGAGGAGAGAUUGGGUCAAAAGGAGGGGAUCUAACGAAAGUGAUUGUUCUGAUAGUGAUUGUUCUUGUUGGAUUGUUAAUUGGGAAAGUCUUUGCUAUCGGUCUGACACUAUCUUCGUGUCUGAUCCUCAGAGUUUUCUGCUGCAAAUCACGAACCAGUCUCUGAAUCUGAAACAGAAGAAGCAGAAAGAUUUCAAGGCAUUGGGUUUUGUUUUUUUUGUUUGUGUGUCCGUGGCAGUGGGUGGUGUGGUGGGCCUUACGGUGAAAGGGAGUGUUAUUGUUUUGGGGUGGUUGGCAGUUCGAAGCUAUGCAAUUGGUUUGCUUAUGAAACUGUAAAUUUUUUAAUUUUGUUUUGUAAACUUAAUUAACAGAGAAUAUAUUGUUAUUAUAUA